AUGCCCCUCCCACGUGUUGUCGAAGAAACGGAUGAGGAUUUCGACUCUGUUCAUCAUGCACUGCACGACACGUCCACGUCUAGCGAGACGUCCCCACCAAGUGCGAUUUUCUCCUUGGGGAACGCGGGGACUGAAGACGAGGAUCCAUUUGCCGAUGCUUUCUUUGAGACGGAAUCCGGGAUGAAUGUUCUGGAUGACAUUGAGCCAAUCGAGGAUAACAAAAGUACCGAGUUCGCCACUGGGACCAGACCCCUUUUUCUUAAGCGAACCCCCACUACUUUCUCCACAUUCUCCAACUUCUCCACCAUCUCCGACUUUUCGACCUUUUCCAAUGGUUCGGUUUUAUCAACUCGGAGCACCGGGCGAACGUUUCCGCUUAGGGACCUUUGCGAGAAGGUGAUUGAAAAGCACCUAUGGCUCCAAAUGGCCAGGAUCGUUAGCGCAUCCUGCUAUUCUCAAUCACGGAAUCUCAUCCUGCAUCGGUUCCUUAUCUUGCAAUUACGCCGUCCGGGGAGAAAUGAUAUAUGGCUACGGAUUGAUCGGAGAGCCGGACUGGGCAUUCUCUCCCUUGUGCGGAAACUCGGCACAACUCCUGCCCAUGAUACGGUUCAAUUAUCGGCGUCUAAGGAAGCCCUUGCUAAAACGGCGCGCCAAGAAAACAUGCAGGAAUUCAAAAGACAACCCUUUCUCGCUGAUUUCGGUGAAUAUCUUCGCGUCAUCUCUGAAGAACUGCUGGAAUAUAAAAUCUGGCCGGAGAAUUGUUGGAUGUUCUGUUCCCUAUUACAAGACCAUCUUGAAGGGUCAGGAGACGGGUAUUAUACAUUCGGACGCGCUGUUGCUCCUGACAUUGCACCAUCUAUCCGAGGGAGAAUAUCGGAGCGAGCAGCAGCCCAAGUGACACCCAAUACAAUUAUGACAGUGUUGCAAAAUUGGACUUGGGCCUUAAGCCGCUCGUGGCAACCCUUCAGAAUAGCCUGGGAUGGUCAUUCAAUCGCUAUGAUUCUUGCCAAAAUUGUGUGCGCAGCACAAGGGUCAGAGGAUCACUCCCACACGCAUGACAUCUCGGAGCGGAUUGAUGGGGCCUCAGUUGCCGCUCACCUAGAAAAGAGUGAUUUGCACUCUCGCAUUGCCAUGUUCUGCAUUGACGCCCUUGGCCGUUUGCCAGAGGGAAAUGUUCUUCAACUCCCUAACCCAUUAAUCCUCAACUCCGACAUGCCAGAUCUCGCCUUUCGAAUCCAAUCAAAGAUCUCCGAAGAUGUUCAGUAUGCUGCACUAUAUGGCCUUCUUCACGUUGCGGAAAUUAAAAACCCUUCAGCUGAGCUUUUCAGCAGAUUAGAAACGUUCAUUGCUGAAUCGGUGAUCAAAUGGUUGGAAGUCUUGAGCCUGCUGGAAGCAGCAAGAAACGCUCUGAUCGCAUUGGAGAGAGUGAUUGUGUGGUGCCAGAGUCAGAGCCACCGCCAGUUAGGAGGUCAGAAUCUGGCGAUAUCUUUUCUCCGAUGCCGUCGCUUUGCUUAUCAGUACUAUGGAGUGAUUUCGGUUUCUGCUGGACAUAUCGCACAUUCAGCUCCAUCUCAUUCACCUGAUGCGGGUUGGCAAAGGCGACACCAUGGAUCAUCCUAUGAACACCUCCCAGCAGUGCAAUGGCAAGACCCUGGAUGGGAUGGGUGCCUCAACACUAUUCGAGGGCACACUAGCUGGGUCUACUCGGUCUCAUUCUCACCUGAUGGGUCCAAGGUAGCCUCGGGAUCCAUGGACACAACAGGACGAAUCUGGGAUGCAGUGACUGGGGAAGCACUCAAGGUUCUUCGAGGGCACGCUAUCUUGGUUUGCUCAGUCUCAUUCUCACCUGAUGGGUCCAAGGUAGCGUCGGGAUCCGCUGACAGAACAGGACGAAUCUGGGAUGCAGUGACUGGAGAAGAACUCAAGAUCCUCCGAGGGCACACUGAAUGGGUCCGCUCAGUCUCAUUCUCACUUGAUGGGUCUAAGGUAGCCUCGGGAUCCAAUGACAACACAGGACGAAUCUGGGAUGCAGCGACUGGGGAAGCACUCAAGGUCCUCCGAGGACACACUGACUGGGUCCGCUCAGUCUCAUUCUCACUUGAUGGGUCCAAGGUAGCCUCAGGAUCCGAUGACAAAACAGGACGAAUCUGGGAUGCAGUGACCGGGGAAGAACUCAAGGUCCUCCGAGGACACACUGAGUCGGUCUACUCGGUGUCAUUCUCAUCUGAUGGAUCCAGGGUAGCCUCAGCAUCUGGUGACCACACAGUACGAAUCUGGGAUGCAGCGACUGGGGAAGAACUCAAAGUCCUCCAAGGACACACUGAGUUGGUCCGCUCGGUGGCAUUCUCGUCUGAUGAAUCCAGGGUAGCCUCAGCAUCCGAUGACAAGACAGUACGAAUCUGGGUUGCGGUGACUGGGGAGGAACUCAAAGUUCUCCGAGGACACACUGGCCAGGUCCUCUCAGUGUCAUUCUCAUCUGAUGGAUCCAGGAUAGCCUCAGCAUCCCAUGAUCGUACAGUACGAAUCUGGGAUGUGGCAAUGGGAGAAGAAAUUUCCGUCAGCGACAAAGAAUCCAUCUCAGAUGACAUCACCCUGGAUUCGCCUUCCACCCCAAUCACCGUUCCUAAUCAGUGCUCAUUUGCACAAGUCAGGCAUGAUGAGCUGAACCGUAUUCACCUUUUCCUCGGACGAUGUGGAACCCCCCAUUUUAUUGCCCCUACUCAUAUAAGUGACAGGAUAUCCAGUUGGGAGAUUUCGGGUGAUGGGCAAUCCCUUACUGUCCACAUGGAAGGAGGGGGUGUCCUGACUAUUCAGGCACCAAAGAGAUAUCGGUGUGUUUAA